AUGAAUACGGAAGAGUCUUCUGAAGAGGAUGAGGAAGAAGAAAGCGACGAAGAGCCUAUCGAGAAGAUUCUAGAAUCCUUGGGAAAAGACCAGCUGAUUGUUCUUGUCAAGGAGGCUGUCUCAAAGCUCCCGGAUAUAAUUGAGAGCAUACAGAGAUUGGCCGAUUCAUACACUGCACAUAGAAACAUUUUUGUUCAUGGUCUCGACUGGGAUUCUAAAGAGGAAACUAUAAUAAGGGUAUUUAGCAAGUACGGUGAGAUUGAGAGUUGUGAGGUUCUCUAUAACAAGGUAGGCAGGUCAAAGGGAUACUGCUUCAUUCUCUUCAAGCACAGGAGUGGAGCCAGGAAGGCACUGAAACAUCCACACAAGAAAAUUGAUAAUCGAUUGACCUCUUGCCAUUUGGCUUCAGCUGGACCUGUUCCUGCUCCUCCUCCUGUAGAUCCACCAUCGUCGGAUUGUAAUCAGAGGACGAUCUUCGUAAGAAACGCGUCUCCUGACAUUGACCCACUAAAACUAACCGAGUUCUUUGCUAGAUAUGGGGAGAUUGAAGAUGGGCCUAAGGGAUUAAAUAAACAUACUGGGAAAUUUAAAGGUUUCUGUUUUUUUGUGUACAAGAGCAUUGAGAGUUAUAGAAAAGCAUUGGAGGAGCCUAAUAAGAUUUUUGAAGGGAAGAUCCUGCAAUGCUAUAAGCGAGUUGAUGUCCCCAAAUCAAAUAAACCAAAUCAGCAUCUUUCUGGACCAACCCCUGAGCACCUCAUUGAACCUUUCAGACAUGCUCUUGGAUUUAACCCAACUGUUGCAGCUCCAACUCUAGUCCCCAAUUCAAAUAAACCAAAUCAGCAUCUUUCUGGACCAACCCCUGAGAGUCUCAUUGAACCUUUCAGACAUGCUCUUGGAUUUAACCCAACUGUUGCAGCUCCAACUCUAGUCCCCAAAUCAAAUAAACCAAAUCAGCAUCUUUCUGGACCAACCCCUGAGAACCUCAUUGAACCUUUCAGACAUGCUCUUGGAUUUAACCCAACUAUUGCAGCUCCAACUCUAGUUCCGGGUCCUUCGAUUAGACAGAUAUUGGAUGCUAUUCGCGGCUCGGAAGGAGAUGAUUUUGAGGCAACAAUGAAUCAGAUCAUACUGCCAAAGAUGAAUAAUCCUGGUUAUGGGAACCAGGUUGGAGCCAGCUAUGGUGGUAGUCAACCAGUUUACAUAAACCAGGAUGGUUACCAAGACCCCCAGUCAGGGCAAGGAUCAACUUGGCCAGCUUCAGGUGGUGCUUCUAACAUGGGUCAUGGACAAUAGAUUCCUUCAUAGAUGCAUCAAAAUUUUAGUUUUCAACUAUGGUGAUCCCUUGAAGCUCCUGGCACUCUUCAAACUAUGUCUUUGUAUUUCUAUAUAAAAAGAAAGACACUCUUCGCAAAUUUCAGAUGGA